AUGUAUUAUUGGAUUCGUCGCUCAAAAUGUAAAUUGGAUGGCCAGGGAAAUUUUCUGGAUAAACGUAUCAAACUUUCUCAGAUUGGACGCCGUGGGGCUGCUGCAGCUCAACCUAUAACAAACAAACAAAUUGAGGGUCAUGCCUUAGAGGCGAUGAUCCGUCAACUGGCUAACGUCGAAGGAUAUUGUUUUUCCGGAAUGGCAGGAAAAAAACGUUUGAAGUUGGUUAAAGGUGGGUUUUACAAAUGCCAUUUAAAAUCGGAACUACUCCAUGUGGAAACCACAAUGAAAUGCAUAAUAAAUUGCAGUGUGUUUAUUACGCCAAUAAAUAUCGUGUGGCGAGAGGGAACAGCUGUUGUGAUGUAA